CUUUGCAUCAGUCAAAUUGUGCAUGAAAGUGGGCAUGCCAUCACUGCAGCAAUUCAUCGGAUUCCUAUGUUAGCAGCAGGAGCAUCUAUAACCUUAAUGUUCCCCGGCCGCAUUCGUGAUGUUACCUUCCGCAAGGGUAGAGGAAUUGUCUUCACUCGAUCGCUUACGGGUCAUUACUUCAGGCUGUUUUCAUAACCUGACGCUCUGGCUGAUUCUACUGGCUGCAGCCUGGUCUGGUAUCGGACAACGGAUACUGUUAGUAGGGUACGAAGAUGUUUUUACCCGAGGGUUAAUCGUGACGCAUGUUGAGGCAGAUUCCCCUCUGAGCAUGCAUCUUCCUGUUGGAUCUUUCCUGACGACACUUGACGAUUUUCCGUUGAACUCAUCUCGCGAUGCAUGGUCCACUUAUCUAUUGGAACCUACUCCAGCUGCCUACAAGCAGGGGUGGUGUGUGGAGACGUCGCGGCUUAGCGAUGAUCACCAGUGUUGCGUGGAUACUGCAUCAUCGUCAUCAUGUUUUGUGUCAUUUGAAAGUGCAAUGGAGGAGUAUUGUACCGAUCCGGUAGCCGUACUGUCAAAAAUGCAAAACCGAUGCGACUCCUCAAUAUCGUGUCUGGAAUCGCAGUCGUGCAUCAAACCGAGGGGAGACCGAGACAUCUUACGGAUUACGGUGCACGAAGGGGCAGGCACUGAAGACGAGCGCAUCGUGCUCUGGAGUGGUCCCAAGUACGAGGUUUGGGAGCAAGUUCAAACAACGCAUCUCGCACCGCGUUUCGGAAUUAUACCACUAGGACUACCCCCCGUACUCGCAGAUUUCUUCCAGUAUCUGAAGCUCACAAAUCUUUCAUUAUAUCUUCUCAACUCGCUGCCCCUGCCCGCAUUGGAUGGAUCUCAAUUGCUAAUAAUUUUACUGGAAAUGGUCUUCACUGGAUGGUUUCAUACUCCCUCAACCAUCCUCGACAUCGAGGCACUGAGAACUCGCGGAAGCCGUUCACAUGAAAGGAGAGUGCAGCGGGUACUUCGAACCUUCGUAAUGAUCGGUACAUGCACACUUUUGGGGCUGUGCGUCAUGCUUGGUAUUAUAGAAUGGAUGAUUGUAUGAAUCAAAGGCUGUAUAAGUCAAGCAAGGCGAAAGCUAACUGUCUUUGUUCAUAAUAAGACAAGUACAUGUGACCUGCAUGCAUAUUCAUCAUAGGUCGGUGGUGCAUAAGUCGAUCGGCGCCUCUCCAUUGCGACGCAUGCAUCAUACUACAGUGUGAGACGAAAGAAGGGUUUUACUUCUUCUUCGGUGUUGCGCCGAGUUCUAC